UUAAAAUUUUCAAUUAUUAAAAAUUUCACGAAGAAUUAGUAAUUUUUUUAAUACUUAAAACAAAAACGCAAAUAAAUAACUUAUAUCUUACAAAUAUCGCAAUGACUGAUGAUGCUAAAGAUAUAAGCAAUAUUUUCAAAGCCCAUCAAUUAAUCCCCGAUGUUAUAUCAGUACCACCGGCAGAAUUUCUAAAGGUAAUUUAUCCAAGCGGAGUUAUUGUCGAUAAAGGCAAUAAACUAACACCUACACAGGUCAAAGAAACACCCAGUGUAGAAUGGACCCAUGAAAGUAAUCAAUUUUAUACUCUCACAUUCACUGAUCCUGAUGCGCCCAGUCGUAAAAAUCCACAAUUUCGUGAAUAUCAGCAUUGGAUUGUUGCCAAUAUACCGGGUAAUGAUCUAAGUAAAGGUGAAAUUUUAACGGCAUAUGUCGGAUCUGGACCUCCUCAAGGUACGGGUUUACAUCGUUAUGUAUUCUUACUUUUUAAACGAACGGGAAAAAUACAAUUUAAAGAAAUUCAUAUACCCAAGAAUAGUGGUAAAAAUCGUGCAAAAUUUUGUGUAAUGAAAUUUGCUAAGAAAUAUAAAUUGGGUGAACCGUUGGCAGGGAAUUUUUAUCAGGCUGAGUGGGAUGAUUAUGUGCCAACUGUGCAUCGUCAGUUAUCGGGAUGAGGUUAUACAUGUUUAUGUAUCAAAAUUAUUAAAAUAAUUAAUUUUAGAUGAUCUUAAUAAAACUUAAAUG